CUUGUGUUUAUGCAAUUAAGAAGCGGUAAAGUAAUUGGUGAAGAAAGCGAAAGUGAAACAGGUCUUGGCGGUUACUUCAGGAACGACACAUGCAUCAGCUUAAGGCUCGACUUAAGCUCGACUGGAUUGGGUUGAUGUUCCCGGAGUACCCCAACAAGUAGGGGGCGUUGAGUGUGGCUAGUAUACCAUGCGAUUUUUAUGGCUCAUCGUCACUAUGUGUGCACAAUAUUCUUUACUGUUAUUCGAUGUAAGUUUAUUCUAGUGUGUUUUGAAAGUAAUGAAGUAUUUAUCAUCAU